GAGGCUAAUGGACGGACCAAGACGUCACUCCUGUUGUUGUAUCUACCUCAAAAAUACUUCAUGAACCAUUUGCAAAAGUUGCACCUAACUUUCUGGCGAACAGUUGCUGCACACAUAGUGAAGGCACAUGAAGCGGUUUUAAUGAAGUGCGAAAAGAUGUAUGUGCAGAGUUUAGCAAAUUUGGGGAGCCGUCUCAUCUUAGUCUUGAUAUCUCUGGAACCCUUGUCUCCAAGAUUGAAUACAAGAGCUAAAGCCACUGCUAACGUUACAAAGCUGAAACCAGUCUACAAUUUUGGCAGGAACUUUUUGGGUUUGGAUAAAUGCAAUGCCUGUAUAGGAACAUCUCUGUGCAGGAAGUUCUUCAAAGAAGAAAUCAGAUUUGAAAACUGGCUGUCUGCAGGUUUAAGACUCCCUCCUAGCCACAAGAAGACAUAUUUUGCAAAUUACACUGCUGAUACUGAGAAUUGGAAGCCAGUUGUCAUCUCUCGGUUACAAAGCAAGUUUCAGAAUGAACUUUCUGAUUGGAAAAUUUGCACCUCGGCUUCAAAGAAAGUUACGUGCAGCAUUGAGAAUGUUCUGAGAGGCACAGAAAGAUUCCAGAAAUGGCUGGCAGCUGAUCGACUCACUACUGAUUUAGUUCAGAGUCUCUCUAGCCCUUUGUUGAGAUGUCCUUCCCAGCGGCUGCUGGACCGGAUUGUUCGGCGUUACGCUGAAGUGAGGGACUCAGGCAGCGUCCUGAUGCGACAUUUCACUGAACGGGACAAACUGCGUCUGCUGUACACCUUGUCUGUGAACACCCACCCCAUUGUACUGCAGCUUUUUCCAGGGAUAGAAGGAUGGCCUUUUUUGCGAUAUUUUGGAUCUUGUGGUCGAGUAAUUGUGACUCCAAGGACUAAUCCCAUCAGAGAAUUUUAUACUGCAUCUCUGGAGGUCAUUGUAGACAUAGCUUACCAGCUUUUGCAAAUUACUCACUCCCUGGAAAACAAUGAUUUGAAUUAUUUCUUCUACUAUACCAGUGUCCAUGACAAGAUGUUUGGUACAUUUGAGGAUGGACGUCUUUAUAUUACAGACACCAGCUCAAUAGGCAUCAUCGAUAAACAGAAAGAUAAAGAAUUUGUGCAAGAAAUAAAGGGGAAAAAAGAUGUGUUCUCUUGCUUGGCUUCUGACUGUGAAAUGCAACACACACCUUGUGGGGAGAUCAGUGAGGCACAAAACUUCAUCAUAGUGUGCAGAGACCUACUGUCGAACCUACUGGCAGACAAAUUCAAGUCUUCUCCAUCUCUCCAGAAGCAAAUCGAUACAUUUCUGAGGCUGUGCAGUGAUGACUCGCUUUCAGCCAAUGUUACACUGAAGGCAGCUGAUUCGCUUAUGCAAUUGCUAAAAUCCCAGCGAUCCUGCGAUCCUCAUUUUGAAUACAGAUAUCCAGAAUGUAAAUACGUUAAAGGAUAUUGAGACCCCAUUUGUUCUCACUCACAUUUUGUUUCUUCAGGUCAGAGAGAUCCUGCAUAAUUCCAUGAGAUUGCUUGAACUGAAAUGAAUAAUUGGUGUUGGUCAUAAUACUGUUCCAAUAUGAAUAUCAUUGAAACAGCUUAGUGUGUCUGUGGUUACUUUACUGGACUGGUAAUCUAAAAACCUGGAAUAAACAACAUCAAUGGAAUUCAAUUUCUGCCACGCCAAUUGGAAAAUGUCACUGGAAUGUCUGGAGGUAUAAAAGCAGGUAUUAAUAAAACUGACCAUGAAGUUGUUUGGUCAUCAGUAAAGCUCAGCUGAUUACUGAGUAAUGUUUUACAGAGACAGACAUGACAUCCUCAUGUCUGGACUGUCUGCAAUGCCAGUCCCAUAUUGAUUCUCAACUGCAAGCAAACUGAUCAGCGGUGCCCAGAGCAGUCACUCCUGGCUUUAUUGGCACUGCACACAUCCCGAGUAUGAGUUCGGGAAAUGUCACCUCAACUCAGUCAGAAAUAUUGUCCCAGACAUUCCAAGGAGCAGUGAUUGCAGACAGAUCAUCACUCUGCUCCUACUCGUUUAUGUUAAGACUGAGCUCCAAAUUUCUCCUGUGCAGCUCCCACCCCUGUUUCUUCAGGAUUGCAGAGUAUACCUGAUACCCAGCAGUUAUCACAAUGGCGGAGUGGUGAAGGGACAUCAAACAUCUUCCCCUUACACAUUGCACUACCUGCCAUAUUCUAUAAUUUAAAUGCCCAACAGCACAGACAACUACAAUGUUGGCUUCUGUGAAAGGGUAGGUAUAGGAAAGCAUGGGGUUAGAGUGCCAGGUUGGUAAGGUGCCAGGUAGGGUGCCAAGCGGUGGCUAGUCAGGAUGGCUGUUUGUCAAGGGUUUGGAUGUGGUGUAGCUCGGGCUGAGUAGUGGAUCAGGGAAGUCAGUUUACAGUUAGCACUCUAGACUUCUAAUUCACCAAUUUUUCUCAUUCAACUAACAAGCUUAACUGAAGUGGAACACAUUGAAUUCUCUGCAGUUAAUGGAUUCUUUUGGGGGCGGGGGUUCCUGAUGCAGUGGAUUUGCCAAUAAGAAUGUACAAUUUCCCAGGCAAUUCCCUUGGAGUUUAUUGUGUCUGGGAUUCCACACGGUCCGAACAUGCAACUACCCAGUCUCCAGUGCUCCAACAGCUAUCCGGGCCAUUUCUCCUUCUCAACCAGAAUCUGGCCAUCCCAGUCUAAACCAGAAUUACAGUGCAUUCCACAAGGAAGAGGUGCUGUGUUACUGCUGGUAUCACUGCCACGAUUAUAUGUAAAACCAAGCUGUUAUCUGUUUAUUGGAGAUAAACUGCAAUAUUGCCUCUUUCUUCAAAACAAAAACACAAAGAUCUGGUCAACAUUUCCCUUG